CAAUUCCAGCUUCCAAAGCAUCAUCGUUGUGCCUGCCAAUUAUUAAACUUGGUUUCCACAGUGGAUGCCGCCAAAGCCUGUUCAAAUGAAGCCUUCAAGAAGCUGUCCAGGUCAGCAAAGUGCCAUGCACUAUGGAAUAAGUGUGGCAGAUCUGCGGCUGCAGCAGAGAUUGUAGAAGAUAUGUGCAAAAUUCAGCUGAUUCGCCCCAACACAACAAGGUGGAAUUCCUUAUUUCUCGCCGUUGAGAGAGUGCUUCGAAUCAUUAAAGAUCAGGGAGAGGGGGCUAUCAGAACUGUCUGCACUUCACUCCAGUUGCCAAUGUUGAGUCCAGUUGAAAUUGCAUUUCUGGAAGAGUAUGCCAGAACCAUGAGCCCCCUAGCCAAAGCCCUCAACAUUCUUCAGGCUGAAAUCGAUGUUCAGAUGGGAUGGCUUCUGCCUACUUUGACACUCUUCAUCUUGAAACUGGACCGAAUUCGCAUUUCCUCCAGGUACUGCAAACCUCUGGUGGAUGCCAUCCAAGGAGGUCUGCAGCAGCGCUUUGGAAACAUGCUGGUAGAGCCAGAGUUUAUUGCAGCUGCAAUCCUUGUCCCGAAAAUUAAAACAUCCUGGACAUCGGAUGAACACAUUGUCAAACUAGGCCUGGACUACAUCAAGGACCAUCUGGAGGAAGAAACUUCCAAUGAAACACCAGUUGGUCAGGAAGGUAUCAAGCAGUUAGAUGGCAACUUGCCUGCAAAGCUGAUGACAAAGAAAUUCUUAAGUCCUUCCCAGCAGUCUGUAAGUUGUCUUUGAAGGUCAACACUGCUUUACCCGCUUCUGCAGCUUGUGAGCGUCUUUUCAGCACAGCAGGACUUAUUUUCAGUCCCAGGAGGGCAAGAAUAGACUCAAAAAAUUUUGAGAAUCAGAUCCUUCUCAAGCUAAAUAAAACAUAUUGCUACUUUAGUUAGAUCAUCAGUGCCAUUCUAUACUAGCACACUCACCAGAAGCAGAAUUAAUGGCAUACUGAUUAAUAAUGUUUAGAUUUAGAUUUGAGGCUUGUUAUUGUAGUACACAUCAGUACAGUUUGUGUAAUUUGUUUUGAGAUGUCCACACUAUGUUGUUAUAUGCUAUGUUUAAUUUUAUAUAUAUAUAUAUAAUAUGCAUUUGUUUAUGACUGACUGAAAGAGUAUUGUACUGCUGUGACUGGCAAGUGUAUUUCUUCUGAUACAAAAACUAGUUCAUGUUACAGUAAAUCUGAUAUGGCCAGUUUAUAUUUAUGCACAGAGACAUUCAGAUACAAUACAGUAAAAGAAAACUCAUGUGAACCUGUGUUUAAAUCCAAGUUUUUAUUAAACUUAAACUUGCAACUAUGUUAUAAAUAAACCUUAAAUUGAAACUUCCUGCUCUGAAAUCCUGUUAUUUCAUUUGAUUCUAAAGGAAAUUGUUUAGCUUCAAGGUUUUGAGCUCAUGAUAAUUUUAAUAGACAUAAGUGUCUGACUAAUAGCAC